AUGCAAACCGACUCUUCGCAGGAAAACAAACACUUAGCUGCUCGAAUCGAAGAGCUAGAAGCUCUGAAUGCGUCGUACUUCAACCAAGGGCUUCUCAUGGGGAGGCGAGAUCUGGAGACAGAGCGGAACAUACGGCAGUAUGCUGUUGCUGCGGCCCAGCGCCACCAGCAAGAGCUGAUUUCCUGCAGGACCGCCCUUGCCGCGGCACAAACAACGCUGGAGGUCAAAGAACACCAGUUAAAGGAGAUGGCCCUGGAGUUGGACCGAACGCAGAGAAAGUUCCAUCUAGUGGAUACUCUGGUGGAUACAAUGCUUCUCGAGGAAGAUAGUCAGCUGGAGAUGACGGAUCGAUCCAGGCAGAUUACGGAUGUUAUUCUUGGCCUCGAAAACCAAAUGGAGGCAAGAUAUCGAAGUUUCCUAGCGGAAAAGGAUUCAGAAAUCCUAACGCUACGUCACAUUCUCGAACCUGAAGGGGAAGGAAACCGUGUUCGAAGGGCCAGAAGUGAACCAAGUUUUUAA